AGCAAAACAGAAAACCCUUAAAACCCUUUCUUCUUUAAAUCCUUCACAAUCCACUUGCUCUGCUCUGGACACUUCAUUCUACUUCGCUUCGUCGAUUUUAAGGGAGUAAGAAGGCGAACAAUUUCGCAGCCCUAGCCCUGAUGGUUGAGGUAUGGUGGUCCUUGUUGGGGGCUGCUAUUCCUGCCAUUGUAGCUGGUCAAGCUUACAGAAUUAGGAGAAAUCAUGCCGAGGAGCAGAGAAUCAAGAGUGCAAGGGGCAGGGAGAAGAGUACUGAUGAUAUUUUCGUGUGCGAGAGAGUCUGUACAUCAAAGAGAAUGUUGAAGAAGGUGGGUGCAUUUUCCAAGGAUCCAAUCCCCGACACUUGCGUUACCGUAUGUGGCGUAUCAGAACUUGAUGCUUGCUCCGAUGCCUGUGCUCGCACUGUCUGUGUUAACCAGCAUCAAGUCCCAAACUGGAAUGACGUCUGCCUCAGGAGAUGUCAAAGUGAAUGCCUCAAGCUUUCCUCUUAUUUCUCUUCUUGAUACUGUACCUGUUUUUACAUGAUGAUUUCUUUGCCAAACUUGUUGAGGCACCAUUCUCAAGCUUGGGUCAAAUGGUAUGUUUUCUUUUUUGCAUGUCUUCUCAACUUUGUUACAACUUAUCUCACUUUUAGAUCAAUGGUUUGUCAGCUUGUACCUAUAGUUCAGAUAUGGCCAGUUAUGGUGUUAUUUUGAUGGACUUUCAGCCAUUGUAAUAUCAAAGUGUUGAUGUAGUUUA